AUGAGUACUGUUAACACUUCAAAUGCUCGAUCUUCGACUUCUAACCUAGAAGGUAGUCGUUUGACCGACUUCUUACCUGUCUCCUUUGAAAGUCUUUCAAACACAGUUACAAGUAAUCUUUCGAAUACCGUUUCAACUACUGCCUCAAUGCUUUUCUCACCUCUAACACAUCGAGCCGUCAAGGGCGACACAGUGGCUUUACUAUCUGAACUAGCUCCUCAACUGAUGGACCAAAGACGCAUACAACAAUAUACUAACAGUAGUAAUCGUCAGUCGAAAGAAAGUCCAAACCAAAUUUCUGCAUCACAAGAGGAUUAUCCUAAUAGAAUUAGUAUUAAGAAUACCGAACUACUUUUGUUGGAUGCUGAAAUACCCGAAUCUAAGGCCCCUUUAUCAUUAUUUCAGGGUUACAAAGCUACCUUCCUGGAAGCGGAAGUAGCAAAAAAAAAAGGAAAACCUCAUAAACGAAAAAGUAGAGGUCUUUUGACGGAUGGAUGUUUUACUCCAGAUGCAACUUCUGAUACUGCAUCAGUGGAUUAUGAAAUCAAGCCACUUAAUCAACUCAUCGCUGAUCGCGAUCGAGUUGUAAAAGAAAAUGACAAGUUACAUCUACAAGAAUCACGAGCAAUUGCCGAGAUCAAGAAAAUUGAAAUGGAUAUUAUAGAAUUGACUGCUCGGAAAAUCAAUUUAGAGACUGAUUUAACGAAAUAUAGUUCACGAAAAAUUGAAUUAGCUGAACAAUUGGAAGAUUUAAAUGAAAGAAUCACUGAUUUGGUACAAAUGAAUGGUUUUACAGAAAAGAAAACGCGUAGUAUUAAAGGUAAAAAGAUGACAAAACCAAAAUAUGAACCAGGAACAUGUAUAAAGGUUUUAGAAGGACAUAAUGAUAUGAUCAUAUGUUUGGAUUUUGAUAAACCGGAUGAAAAACUUGUCACAUCAUCAAUGGAUAAAACAUUGCGAUUAUGGGAUUUAAGCAGUUAUCGUUGUUUAGGAAUAUUAGAUGGUCAUGAAGGAAUAGUGAAUUGUAUGCAAUUAGUUGGAAGUCAUCUUGUCACAGGAUCAAGUGAUAAUACUAUUAGACAAUGGGAUACAUCCAAAUCAGUUUUACCCAAUGAACCAGUUACAGAUUUAAUGGGAAAAUUGAACUUUCAUUCUGAGCUUUCAACUGAAAAUAAUGAAUCAUCCCUUAUAGGUGAUAAUUGUUUCUUAGCAACUUUAGUAGGUCAUAGUGGAAGUGUCACCUGUCUACAUUAUGAUGGAAGUUGUUUGGUAACAGGUUCAUCAGAUAAAACCAUGAGACAAUGGGAUUUGGAAACAGGACAAUGCAUUUUAACUAUGGACAUUUUGUGGGCUAUGUCCAGUUCUAAAGCUGAACGUAGGCAAACUGGAUUCCUAUUAGAUAGUUAUUUGUUUGAUCAAGGAGAUUUUGUAGGAGCUUUACAAUUUCGUUAUGAUGGUUUAGCAAGUGGAACAGAAGAUGGAGCUAUACGGAUUAUUACAAGUUUACAAUUUGACUCUAAUAAAAUAAUUUGUAGUGCUAAUACCAAUGAUAUUAAGAUGUAUAAUCGAAUUUCCUUCCAACAUUCAAGUUUGGGAGAACAUAGAAGUCCAGUUCAAUGUAUAAAAUAUAAAGAUUCUAUUUUGUCAUCAGGUGGAUUAGAUAAUGUUAUAAAAAUAUGGGCUUUAUAA